AUGGAUGAUGACCAGCAGUUCUGUCUGCGGUGGAAUAACCACCAGUCGACGCUGGUUUCAGUGUUUGAUACUUUGUUAGUGAAAGAAAUUCACGUGGACUGCACAUUAGCUGCCGAAGGGAGAACACUAAAGGCACACAAAGUGGUGUUGUCUGCGUGCAGUCCAUAUUUCGAGAGUGUAUUAUCCGAACAGUUUGACAAACAUCCAAUAAUCAUUUUAAAAGAUGUCAAAUUUGCUGAACUGAGAGCUAUGAUGGAUUAUAUGUACCGCGGAGAGGUGAACAUCUCUCAGGAUCAACUGGCUGCCCUGCUGAAGGCAGCGGAGUCACUUCAGAUAAAGGGCCUCUCAGAUAACAAGCCAUCCCGGCCACCGUCGCGCCCUCCCCCCGCGCCCGCACACCCGCCCCGCGCGCCCUCUCCACCACCACAAACGAGAGAUGGCAGCUCGGACAGUCGCUCGGGGUCCCUCAGUCCAUCCAGACGUCGUAAGAAAGCUCGGCGCACGUCAAGCCCCGUAGCGGCCGCAGCACCGGCGCCCGCCGCCAGCCCCGAGCCCACCUGCAAGGAGGAGCUGGCGCGGGACGUGGAGGACCUCACGCUGGACGACGCGCACACGCCGCCCGCUGACCACAACGAUGUCGUGCGCAAUUUUCAAUGGCAUAUGGAAAGAUCUCAAGAUGAAAUUAUGAAUUCAAAUGACAGCAUCCGAGAGAAUCAAGGUCGAAGGACGACCCCCAGGCAUAGUAUUAUGACGAGGAGUAAAAAAGUGAGCGAGGAGACGUCGUUCGCCACCACGCUGGCCAUCCUCAAGAACGUGAGCGCCGCGGACGUGGCGGGCGACGACGUGAAGGAGAACGACCGCCGGCCGCUCGGAGCACAGCCCGCGCCCGCCGCAGAGACCGCGCCCAAGGCCGAGCCCGAGCCCGAGCCCGAGCACAAGGCGGAGCCUGAAGCGCGCUACCACGUGUUCCCCCGCGGACCGCAGCAGCUGCCGUGCGCCCAGUACAAGACCGACAAGGGCUACCGCUGUCCGAACUGCCAGCGCUGCUACAACGCGCGCAAGAACCUCGUGCGGCACGUGACGCUGGAGUGUGGCCAGGAGCCGCAGUACAAGUGUCCGCACUGCUCCUACAGCAAGCACCGCCGCAACGAGCUCAAGAAGCACAUAGAGAAGAAGCACCCCGAGCUGGCGCCCGCCGCCACGCCCGCCGCCCUGCGGGCCUGA